AUGUCAGUUGUGUUUGCCAAUAAGAAAGUCAAGAGAGAAAUCCCACCACCACCAUGGUCUGAUCUUCACAUUGACAUAAUAGUUUGCAUCAUGGGAUGCCUUUGUUAUGUGGAUCAGAUUCAUUUUCGUGCCGUUUGCAAGAAUUGGAGACUAGUUUCUGGUGUGAAGCCUAAUGAUAAACUCCCUUUGGUUCUGACAUUGAAUUUAAACUGCAAGCAUGAUUAUUAUCCCAUUACCCUCUAUGAUCCAUCCAGCAGCAUUACAUACGAGCUUGGUCAUGAACUUGAACCUUCAAGACUACCGGGGUUUGGCAAACUACAAGUCUGUGGUGCAGGAAAGGAUGGUUGGUUGCUUGUAGCUGAGCUUUCUCCAAACAUUGUCACUGAUUCAUCCACUAUAUACCUCUACAAUCCUUUCAACGAUAUGGGGACUAUCUAUUUACCCCUUUUGACUGGCACUAGGAUUAAAGCCACAUUUGGUGGUACCUCUGAUCUGACUUCCAACGAUUGUUUGUUUUUCAUGGUGCACGAUGUUGGAGAGGACCAAAGGGGGAUAAGGAUUAGCACUUGCCGCCAUGGUGAGAGCAGGUGGACUAGCCAUUUUAAAGAUGAGCGUUGUAAGGAGAUAGUAAUUGGUGUGUUCCAUGUCAAGGGAAUCUUCUACUGUGUCUUCAAAAGUGGAAUUCUAGGUUCCUUCAACCCUGAUACCAAAGUUUGGAGCCUGCUGGUUACUGCUGAAAACAUGGAUUUAGUGGAGUUUCGAAAUCUAGCAGCUUUUGAAGCUAGUGUUGUUGAGUCUGAUGGAGAGGUGUUGCUAGUGUACUCAAAGCGGGACUAUAAGCCUUGGCACAUCUUCAGGCUAGAUUGGUUGCAAAUGAAAUGGGUGAAGGAAGUUAGCUUGGGCAAAAGAGUGUUAUUUCUCGGUGACAUCUCGUUUUUGUAUUCUGCAGAUUGUGAAAUAAAGGAUCUAGCUGAUCGUAUCUAUUAUCAGGGUUUUAGGAAAUCUUACUUCUAUCCCAUCAAGUCCGGUAUUGGUAGGCUCCGCAGCAAUGCAUUGUUACGCAACUCUUGCAUACAUUAUGAGUCACGCAGCGAUCAUAUGCUCAGAGUUUGGAUCAAACCACCAACGCUAUAA